CAGGGUCAGCUGGACAUGGAGGGCGCUCUGACAGCCAGGGACCGGGUUGGAAUUCAGGACUUUGUCCUCCUGGAUGAAACCACAGAGCCGGCCUUCCUCAGCAACCUCAAGAAACGUUUCAGCAAGGAUCUCAUCUAUACCUACAUUGGCACUUUGAUAGUGUCUGUCAACCCCUAUAAAGAGCUGGAUAUCUACAAUAAGAAACAGAUGGAUCUAUACAUGGGUGUCAACUUUUUUGAGCUUCCACCACACAUCUACGCCUUGGCAGACAAUGCCUACCACACCAUGCUGUCAGAGUUAAACAAUCACUUCAUCCUCAUCUCUGGUGAGAGUGGAGCAGGGAAGACAGAGGCCUCCAAGAAGAUUCUACAGUAUUACGCCAUUAGCUGUCCAAGUACCACUCUACUUAACACUGUCAGGGACAAAAUGCUCAUGUCAAACCCUGUUCUAGAGGCUUUUGGGAAUGCCAAAACACUGAAAAAUGACAACUCGAGUCGGUUUGGGAAGUAUAUGGACAUUCAAUUUAACAGUGAGGGGGAUGCUGUUGGAGGACAUAUCCUGAACUACCUAUUGGAGAAAUCGAGGGUUGUGCAUCAGAAUCACGGGGAGAGAAACUUCCACAUUUUCUACCAGCUGGUGGAAGGAGGAGAGGAAGAUCUGCUGCGCCAGUUGGGACUGGAGAGAGACAGCCAGCAUUACAACUAUCUAACGCAAGGAGAGUGUGCCAUCGUGCCUUCCAUUAAUGACAAAAAUGACUGGAAGACUGUCAAAAAUGCUCUGCAAGUCAUCAACAUCGAUGAGAUCAACGCUAAUCACUUGUUUGGGAUCAUUGCAAGUGUUCUCCACUUAGGAAAUGUCCAGUUUGACUCUGACGGUAAAGGCCAUGCUGUCCUGAACAACAAUGCAGAGUUGCGCUGGGUCUCAAAUCUGCUAGGAGUUGAUGCUCACAGUCUACAAGAGGGACUAACAUACAGAAAGAUUGAAGCCAAGAAAGAUCAGGUCCUCAGCCCAUUCACAAUUGAUCAUGCCAUCUAUGCCAGAGACGCCCUGGCCAAAGCCAUGUAUGGCUUCACCUUCACCUGGCUGGUCAGGAGGAUCAAUGAGUCCAUGGAGAACACGGACCAUUCAAGGAAGACUGUGAUAGGGCUUUUGGACAUUUAUGGUUUUGAGGUUUUUUAUGUAAACAGUUUUGAGCAGUUCUGUAUAAACUACUGCAAUGAGAAACUGCAGCAGCUUUUUAUCCAGCUGACACUUAAGGCCGAGCAGGAAGAAUAUGAAGCGGAGGAUAUUGAGUGGGAGCCUGUGCAGUUCUUCAACAACAAGAUAAUCUGUGACCUUGUUGAGGAGAAACACAGAGGAAUCAUAUCAAUACUGGAUGAGGAGUGCCUUAGGCCAGGAGAAACCACAGAUCUAACCUUCCUCGAGAGACUGGAAGACAAGAUGGGAAAUCACCCUCACUUUGUCACGCACAAACUGGCUGACAAAAUGACACGUAAGACUCUGGAGAGGGGAGAUUUUCGCCUGCUGCAUUAUGCUGGGGAGGUCACCUACUGUGUUGUUGGUUUUCUGGACAAAAAUAAUGACCUGUUAUAUAGAAACUUAAAAGACCUGAUGUGUCAGUCUAAAAACGCCAUAGUCAGAGAGUGCUUCUCCUUCGUUGAUCCUGACAGCAAGCGACGACCAGAAACAGUGGCGACCCAGUUUAAGAGCAGCCUGCUGAAGCUGACAGAGAUCCUCAUGGCUAAAGAGGCCUGGUACAUACGCUGUCUUAAAUCCAAUGAGUCCAAGCAGCCAGGGCAAUUUGAUGAAGCACUGAUCAGGCACCAGGUGAAGUACCUGGGCUUGAUGGAGCACCUUAGAGUCAGACGUGCUGGUUUUGCCUACAGGCGCAAAUAUGAGGUCUUUUUAAAGAGAUAUAAACCCCUGUGCCCAGCCACCUGGCCACACUGGAGAGGAGGGCCUGCUGAUGGAGUUGAAGUCCUGGUUCAACAUCUGGGCUACUUUCCAAAUGAGUACAAAAUGGGACGCACCAAAAUAUUCAUCCGUCAUCCGAGGACACUUUAUGCCACAGAAGAUGCUUAUGAGAAAUGUAAACAUGAACUGGCAACAAGACUCCAGGCCAAAUACAAAGGAUACAAGGCGAAGGGAGAAUUCAGAAAACAGAAAGAAGCUGCCACUAAGAUUGAAACCUGCUGGAGAGGAGUGCAGGCUAGGAAGGAGAGAGAGAGGAGAGCCUGGGCUGUGAAAGUCAUCAAGAAAUUUAUCAAAGGCUAUAUGACCAGGGGACAAGCAAAAAGUGCAGAUAACUCAGAGUAUCUGGCCUUUGUGAGACAGAAUUACCUGAACAGGCUUAAAGGCAAUCUUCCAAAAACAGUUUUGGACAAAACCACCUGGCAGUCUCCACCACAUGUGCUGACAGAAACAUCAGAGUUAUUGCGUAAGCUUUACUACCGUCUCAUGGUGCGGAAAUAUGUGAGAGGAAUCACACCCCAGAGGAAAGCACAGCUUCAACUUAAGUUUGUUACCAGCAGCAUCUUCAAGGGGAAAAAAGAAAGCUAUCCACAAAGUGUCGCUCACCCUUUUGUGGACACCAGAAUCAGUGAACAAGACAUAAACAUGAGGGUCCUGCAGAUGAUUCGCAAUGAGCAGAUCAAGUACACCGUCCCAGUGAUUAAAUAUAACAGGAAUGGUUUCAAACCGAGGCCACGACAGCUCAUCCUCACCCAGACAGCUGCCUACCUGAUAGAGGAAGCCAAGAUCAAACAGAGAGUGUUGUACACCUCGCUAAAGGGUAUUUCGGUCAGUAACUUGACAGAUGGAAUCAUUGUGUUCCACAUAACAUGUGAAGACCCUAAACAGAAGGGUGAUCUUGUGAUGCAGUGUGACCACCUGUUUGAGUUUUUGACUAAACUCAGCACCAUUGCCAGCAAACAGAAUGUGAUCAAAGUGGUUCAGGGCAGCAUCAAGAUUGAAAUCCUGGCAGGGAAAGAGAGUGCUGUAGAUUUCAGCAAUGGCCAGGAGCCAAUGGUAUACAAGGCCAAGAAUGGACACCUCAUGGUGGUUGCCACUCGGGCACGGACGCGGUAACGUGUGGGGUUGAGAAGACACUCAAGAAGCACCUGCAUAUUUCAUUAGGGGACCCCUAAGUGGAGGAUCAACAUAGCCACAGGAUCCACACCUGACUAAACACAAAGGGCUCUCUAGCAAGAAUUGUUGCACAGUGAAUUUUUAAUUAGUACUAACUAGUCAAUGAUCAAAUAUGAUGUUCCAUCAGAAUAUAUUAAAAAUCCAAUGAGAA